UCGGCCUCUUUGCUUGUUACCUUUGUGCGGUCGCGUUUCGUGUCGUAUCCGACUUAAAAAUGCGUUACGUCGCCGCCUACCUGCUCGCCGGUCUCGGGGGUAAUGCGAACCCCAGCGCUGCUGAUAUCGAAAAAAUUCUGUCCUCUGUGGGUAUCGAGGUCGACAAGGACAAGCUCAAAAAGGUUGUCAGUGAAAUGAAUGGCAAGGACAUACAGGAACUGAUCAGAGAAGGAUCAGAAAAACUCGCCUCGGUACCUGCGGGCGGUAGUGCCCCCGCUGCUGGUGGGGCAGCCGCGGCCCCCGCCGCCAGCGCCGAGGCAGAAAAGAAGGAGGAUAAGAAGGAAGAGGAGGAGGAGGAAGAGGACGAGGACAUGGGAUUCGGUCUCUUUGACUAAAUCAUUGUUUGCCGUUAACGCCGUCGCCCGCGUGAUUCGCAUGGUCGACGAUCAACGACAUGGAGGACGGUUCACCAUGAGAUGGCGACGACCACUAUUUUUGUGAAAAUGGCUGUUACCAUUCGGUGAUAAAUCCUCAGCGCCGUCGAGCUGCUAAGGCAGCAAUGAACACGGUGAAAAAAAUAAAGUUCUAUCGGAGAGGAGCUCCUCUCAUGUUUUUUUUGA